GAAGUACAAAUGGAACAGAGAAAAUGGUUUUGAGCAAGACCCAAAAUACAUGGACUGAUGCUCAGAAGUACUGCAGACGUCAUUAUACAGACCUGGCUACCAUUAGGAGUCAAGAAGACAAUGACCAGAUUACCAAGCUGCUAAAUGUCUGGAUGGUUCCAGUCUGGAUCGGAUUGUACAGAGACACUUGGAAGUGGUCAGAUCAGACCAAUAUCACUUCCUCAACCAAACUCACUACUCAGACAUUUACUAAGUGGAAUGAAGACUGUGUUGGUGCAGAUAAUUAUUAUCGUGUAUUUGAUGACAGAUAUUGCACAAAUAUGUAUUACUUCUACUGCAACACUG